AUGCCAUACACGCCGGCUGGCUUUUUCUGCGACCGGUUGAUCCGGGAACGAGAGCGAAGAGACGGGGAAGGGUCCCUGAACAAGCCCCUCCGCUUCAACGGCCAGGACUUCAACACGCUGAGGCAGGAGUGCCUCCAGAAGAAGAGCCUGUUCGAGGAUGACUCUUUCCCGGCCACCGUGGAGUCCCUGGGCUUCAAGGAGCUGGGCCACAAGUCCAACAAGGUCAAGAACAUCGUCUGGAAGAGGCCCAAGGAAAUCUGCGAGAACCCUCAGUUCAUUGUCGGAGGAGCCAGCAGGACAGACAUCUGUCAGGGAGAUCUGGGUAAACUAUACACCCUCAAAUGUUUCCCUCACACCCCGAUACCCAGGUGUCCCGGCCCCUACAAAGGUGAUUGCUGGUUGCUGGCUGCCAUUGCCUGCCUCACCCUGAAUGAGAAACUUCUGUACCGCGUGGUUCCGCAGGAGCAAAGCUACUCAGACAACUAUGCUGGAAUCUUUCAUUUCCAGUUCUGGCGUUACGGCGACUGGGUCGAUGUUGUCAUUGACGACCGCAUCCCAACAUUCAACAACCAGUUGGUCUUCACUAAGUCCGCUGAGAGGAACGAGUUCUGGAGCGCUCUUGUGGAGAAGGCCUAUGCCAAGCUGCACGGAUCCUACGAGGCCCUGAAAGGUGGAAACACCACAGAGGCCAUGGAGGAUUUCACUGGCGGCGUCACUGAGUUUUAUGAGAUGAAGGAGGCUCCCAAAGAGCUCUACAAGAUCAUGAAGAAAGCUCUGGCCAGAGGCUCGCUCAUGGGCUGCUCCAUUGAUUCCCUGGUUCCGGCUCGCUUCGAGACUCGCACGGUGACCGGACUCGUGAAGGGUCACGCCUACUCUGUGACGGCGGUGGAGGAGUGUAAAGCGUCUCAGCACAAGGAGUCGAAAGUUCGUCUGGUGCGCCUCAGGAACCCAUGGGGUCAAGUAGAAUGGAACGGCCCCUGGAGUGACAACUCUAAAGAAUGGACCUCGAUCUCUAAAUCGGAGAAAGAGAAAUUGCAGCACCAGAGCGCAGAGGAUGGAGAGUUCUGGAUGUCAUUCGAGGACUUCAGGAAGAACUACACCAAGAUCGAGAUCUGUAACCUCACACCCGACGCCCUGGAGGACGACAAGCUCCACAAGUGGACAGUUUCAGUGAACGAGGGCCGCUGGGUGAGAGGAUGCUCUGCCGGAGGCUGCAGAAACUAUCCAGACACUUUCUGGACAAACCCGCAGUACCGUCUGCGUCUGCUGGAGGAGGACGAUGAUCCCGAGGACAACGAGGUGGCCUGCACGUUCGUGGUGUCGCUGAUGCAGAAGAACAGGCGGAAAGAGCGCAAAAUGGGAGCCAACCUCUACACCAUCGGAUUCGCUAUUUAUGAGAUGCAUGGAAACAAGCAGCACAUGCAAAAGGAUUUCUUCCUCUCCAACUCCUCCAAGGCCCGCUGCAAGGCCUACAUCAACCUGCGGGAGGUGACGCAGCGUUUCCGUCUGGCCCCCGGCGAGUACGUCAUCAUCCCCUCCACCUACGAGCCCCAUCAGGAGGGAGAGUUCAUCCUGCGGGUCUUCUCUGAAAAGAAGAACACUUCAGAGGAGAUAGAGAACAGGAUCGAGGCCGACCAUCCAGUGCCAGCGCCAGCCUCGGCAGGGGAAGAGAGUGAAGAGGACCAGCAGUUCCGGACUAUUUUUCAGGAGAUAGCCGGAGAUGAGAUGGAAAUCACAGCCAACGAGCUGAAAAAUGUUCUCAACAGAGUGAUCAGCGAACAUAAGGACCUGAACACAGAAGGCUUCAGUCUGGAGAGCUGCAGGAGCAUGAUUGCUCUGAUGGACGUAUCCUUUAUGGAUGGGACAGGAAGACUCAAUCUUCAGGAGUUCAGACAUCUCUGGAAUAAGAUUAAACAGUGGCAGGGAAUAUUUAAACACUAUGAUGCAGACCAGUCAGGUAGCAUCAACAGCUAUGAGAUGAGGAAUGCUGUCAACGAUGCAGGCUUCCGUCUCAACAACCAGCUGUACGACAUCAUCACCAUGCGCUAUGCAAAUGAGAACAUGAACAUCGACUUUGACAGCUUCAUCAGCUGUCUGGUCCGGCUCGAAGCCAUGUUCAGGGCGUUCCAGGCCUUUGAUCAGGAUGGAGAUGGCACCAUCAGACUCAGCGUCUUAGAGUGGCUCCAGUUGACCAUGUACGCCUAA